UAUUUGGUUAGAAUUAUCUGCCGUAAGGACCAAUUUCUGCAUAAAUAGCUCUCUGCUGACCAAAAACGACCACAGUUCCUAGCUCAAACUUCCGCAGUAGAUAAAAGGUAUCACUAUGGCAGACGGUAACAGCUCGGAUGAAGAUUUUUCCGACGAUUGGGUGCUGUACUCGCAACGUCCCGAAUGGUCCGAUAUCGAACCACUGCCGCAGGAUGAUGGAGAAAAUCCGGUCGUGAUGAUUCAAUAUAGUGAAAGAUUCAGAGACGUUUAUGGAUACCUGCGGGCGAUCAUGUCGCGCCAGGAAAAAUCGGAACGUGCAUUGGAGCUUACGAAAGAUGCAGCUAAACUGAAUGCCGCUAACUAUACCGUCUGGCAGUACCGACGAGACAUACUGAAGGCACUGAAUUCCGACCUUUACGAAGAAUUAUCAUACAUCGGGAGCGUGAUAGCUGAAAAUCCGAAAAACUAUCAAGUCUGGCACCAUAGGCGCGUUAUCGUCGAGUUGCUGGAUGACCCCUCGAGUGAGCUGGCCCUUACCGAGAGCAUACUGGAUAUGGAUGCGAAGAACUAUCACGCCUGGCAACAUCGGCAGUGGGUCAUAAAAAAUUACAAUCUCUUCGAUAAUGAACUUUUCUACGUCGACCGGCUCAUUUCCGAGGACAUGCGCAACAAUUCCGCCUGGAACGAGCGAUUUUUCGUGCUCAAACACGGUGGCUUCACACCAGAGGUGCUCGAGCGCGAAGUGAACUACGUCAUGACCAGGGUGGGUUUGAUUAAAAACAACGAGAGCCCUUGGAACUUCCUGCGAGGACUGUUGCAGCAAGGUACCGGUAAGCUUGGUCAAUUUCCAACGGUGGUAGACUUCUGCGAGGAUCUUUACAACGAUGGCAUUCGUUCGCCGUACUUGCUGGCCUUUCUGGUCGAUCUGUACGAGGAAAAGUACUUCGAUAUUGUUGCAUCCGGUGGUAAUCCAGCCGAGGCCGAAGAGUAUCACGUUAAGGUGCAGGACCUAUGCGAAUCGAUGGCUAACCAGCACGACAAGAUUCGCAGUAAAUAUUGGCGGUACAUCGCGGAAAAUUUCCGAAGGAAAGCUUCAGAACGGGCCGGAAGCGGACGGAAUGGCGUUUAAGAAUGGGAAAUAAUAUAAUCAACUUACUGGAAUCAGGA